UGUCUGUGCCCCCCUAGCGUGCGCCCCGCACCUCGCGUCCCCGCUCGCUCCGAUCGCGCGACUCCUUGGCCGCCGCGGUGCAUGGAGAGCCCUGCCAAGAUGGAGAGCGGCGGCGCCGGCCCGCAGCCCCCGCAGCCCUUCCUGCCGCCCGCAGCCUGCUUCUUUGCCACGGCGGCACAGAGCGCGCAGCCGCCGCCGCCGCCGCCGCCGCCGCAGCUGAGCCCCGCGGCCGACGGCCAGCCCUCAGGGGGCGGUCACAAGUCAGCGCCCAAGCAAGUCAAGCGCCAGCGCUCUUCGUCGCCCGAACUGAUGCGCUGCAAACGCCGGCUCAACUUCAGCGGCUUUGGCUACAGCCUGCCGCAGCAGCAGCCGGCCGCCGUGGCGCGUCGCAACGAGCGCGAGCGCAACCGCGUCAAGCUGGUCAACCUGGGCUUCGCCACCCUGCGGGAGCACGUACCCAACGGCGCGGCCAACAAGAAGAUGAGCAAGGUGGAGACGCUGCGCUCCGCCGUCGAGUACAUCCGCGCGCUCCAGCAGCUGCUGGACGAGCACGAUGCGGUGAGCGCCGCCUUCCAGGCCGGCGUCCUGUCGCCCACCAUCUCCCCCAGCUACUCCAACGACAUGAACUCCAUGGCCGGCUCGCCGGUCUCAUCCUACUCUUCGGACGAGGGCUCCUACGACCCUCUCAGCCCCGAGGAGCAAGAACUGCUCGACUUCACCAACUGGUUCUGAGGGGCUCGGCCUGGUCAGGCCCUGGUGCGAAUGGACUUCGGAAGCAGGGCCUGCACAAGCUGCAUCUUUAGUUCUUUCUCCUCGGCGAUGUUGGAAGGGAGAAGAAAGAAGAAGAAGAGAAUAAGAAGAAAACAAACAAAUCCAGGCACCCCACCCCCUACAUCAACUAAGCGCCGCCCGCCUGAGAAGCAAGGCUCUAGCAAAACAGGGAUGGGCUCAGAAUAGUAUCUUUGCACUCCAAUCAUUCCCGGAGAUAGUGACUAGGACCCUAGGAUGACUAGGAUGCACAGAUUGCAGCUGGUGUGCAAAAGCAGUGGGUUCCUGGCGUCAGGGAGCAGCACACGCCCUGUAGGAACUCCCACCCACCACUAACAGGCAGAGCUGACCUCCCCACCCUCUCUUGAAAGCCAGUUCUUUGGCCCUCUGGAAAUGGGUUGGUGUCCUUCCUCUGUAUGCCCCACCCUGAUAAAGCUGUGGACGUUUGUCUGCAGUGAAAGUAUGGUAUUUGAAACCCCGAUCCUCUGGGGGUUUUCAAAACCCCCAGCCUCUUGGGGCCCCCCCUCCCCAAGCGUCACUCCCUCACACCAUCUUUUCCAUCAUUUUCAUCAUAGAAUGCUUCCAAUCUUUUGUGAAUUUUUUUUAUUAUAAGAAAAAUCUAUUUGUAUCUAUCCUAACCAGUUUGGGGAUAUAUUAAGAUAUUUUUGUACAUAAGAGAGAAAGAAAGAAAAAAAUUUAUAGAGUUUUGUACAAAUGGUUUAAAAUGUGUAUAUCUUGAUACUUUAACAUGUAAUGCUAUUACCUCUGCAUAUUUUAGAUGUGUAGUUCAUCUUACAACUGCCAUUUCCCCUAUGUGGUUUUGUAAAGAACUGUCCUCAUAGGUGAGAUUUAAAGGCCAUCGGAUGUACUUCAGCACCAAUGUGUCUUACUUUAUAGAAACUUUGUUAAUGUAUUAAUGAUGUUAUUAAAUACUGUUCAAGAAGAACAAAGUUUAUGCAGCUACUGUCCAAACACAAAGUGGCAGCCAGUUGGUUUUGAUAGGUUGCCUUUUGGGAAAUUUCUACCACUGCCCUUUUUUUUUCUUACUGUUUUAUUACAAACUUACAAAAGAAAAUACCCCGUGUAUAACCCUGUUUUAUACAAACUAGUUUCGUAAUAAAACUUUUUUCUUUUUUUACAAAUGAAAA